AUGGUUUAUGAAUUGUUUGUUUAUUGUUGUUGCCUUGCAAAAUUUUUUUCUAAGGAAGAAAAAGGUGAAGAGUUCAUGAUUUUCAUCUCCCCUAGGCUGGCCAAGGGAGCAUUACCUUUUUCAUUCUCUUUCAGGCAAUUAUCAUUGGAAUCAGGAACUCUCACAAAGUGGUUGAAAGGUUUCCUUAUAGAAGAUGCGGACAAAACAAUUUACCUUUGUGUCUGUACAUGGACGAAAAAGCUAUUGUUUUAUGCAUUAGAUUUUGGUGGCACAAAUUUUCGUGUUAUGUGGGUUCAGUUACGUGGUAAAGGAAGUAAGACCAAACAAGAAUCCAAGGAGGUCUCAAUCCCGCCACAUUUGAUGGUUGGGUCAUCUCAUGUGAGUUUGUAUAUUCACAUUACUUGCAUUUUUGCAAGUUUUCUGAUGUUAUCAUGGGUUAUGGUUCAUGAAUUGUUUGUUUAUUGUUGCUGCCUUGCAAAAUUUGUUUCUAAGGAAGAAAAAGGUGAAGAGUUUCAUGAUUUUCAUCUCCCCCGGGCUGGCCAAGGGAGCAUUACCUUUUUCGUUCUCUGUCAGGCAAUUAUCAUUAGAAUCAGGAACUCUCAUAAAGUGGUUGAAUGGUUUCCUUAUAGAAGAUGCGGCGCACUUGCAGAAAUUGAAGGAGCUUAA